AGCAAUGGAUAAUCGAUGGAGUUCCAAGUGAAGACUAAAGAUUAAAAAUUUAAACUAUAAAAAGUUACCUUGUUAGAAAUUUAUAAUGAGACGAAUUGAAGUGCAUGAAAAUGGUGACAUUUGGUCUAAGAGCUUGUACUUGUGGAUAUGGAAGUUAAAACGGCCCCCACCAUCGACGGCCGUUGACUUUUGACCACCUCCUCCACUUCAGCAUGACCGGCCGGGACUUUACGUAACAUCUCCAUGGAUUCAUACUCUGCUAAACGAGCUGUUAACUGGGUUAGUGCCCUUAGAAAGGGAUCAGGUCCUUCUACACGAGAUACUAAUGGCACUAGAGAUGAACCUGAACCUAUUCAAUUCUGCAAUCGAAUUGGAUGCAGUGGCAGAUUAAACCAUACCAAACAUACGCCAAAUCAAAUCUUAAGCAGCCCUAAAAGGCCUUCCUCUCGAUCUUCAAACAUCAAGGAAGUAGCGACAAACGUGAAGAAACCUCUCCACGAAUCCAAGAAGAAGCUAUCUUCUAAACCUGAAAUUGAACAACUUAAAACUUCAGCAACUAAUCAUAAGUCAAAAUCCAAAGGCACCGAGUCUAAUGGUAGAACAAAUGGUCAAAAAUCUGGUGUUGCAAACUAUGAUGCUCAAAUUGGUUCGAGUAGGAGAAAUACAGUAAAGAAAAGAUCUACUGAAGGAGAAACAAGUUCAUCUAGAGGCAAGAAGAUGAGUGAACCAUUAUCUGUAAGAACUCGGAGGUCUGUGAACCUAAAUGGAAACAAUCAGUCUGUGGUUCAGUCUAAUGGUGAAACUUCAUCAGAUGGUUCCAACCAUCAUGGCUUAUCUAGCAUGAUGACUGCUGGAUACAAUGUUGAUGCCAUUGCAAAUGUAUUACUGGCACUUGAGAGAAUCGAUCAAGAUGAGGGGUUAACAUAUGAGCAAAUUCUAUCAUUUGAUGGAAAUUCAUUUGUUGGUGGCUUCAAUUUGUAUGAUCAACAUAGGGACAUGAGACUAGACAUUGAUAACAUGUCCUAUGAGGAACUAUUAGCAUUAGAGGAGGAAAUGGGUAUAGUGAGCACAGCAUUAUCUGAAGAGGAAUUAUCAAAAUGCCUUAAAAUUAGCAUAUAUGAACCAUUGCAAAUUAAGGAGUCAAGAACAAAAAUCAGUUGGUGUUUGGAUGAAUCAAAAUGCAGCAUCUGUCAGGAGGAGUUCAUAGCAGGAGAUGAAAUAGGAAGAAUGGGAUGUAAUCAUGGUUACCAUGCUGUGUGUGUAAACCAGUGGCUGCAGUUAAAGAACUGGUGCCCUGUUUGCAAGGCCUCUGCUAAACCAUGAGACUCUUUGGUAAAUAUGUUAAAUUUCUUUGUACAAAAUCGUCUUUUCAUGUCUUUUGUACAUACAUAUUUGGAUUCAAAAAGGUAAUAAAGUAAUAAACUUAGGUUUCUUA